AUGGUCGUGCUUUCACCGUGUGUUCGGGCUGGUGUACGUGAUCGAAAAAAGUACACCGCCUCUACGAUUCUUUAUUGCAUUUGUUAUUUGGUUUUCCUCAUUAGCGCUUCAAUUACUGCAGCAGAUUUCAUCUCUUCUAGUCUUUCCAUUUACGGACCCACUAAAAGAUCCAUAAAAGAUGUAUCGCAGUCUACCAACAUACCACUUCAAUAUGAACUUGGAAAACUUGGGAAUAAUGUCAAAGAGAUCAUUUCAGUGAUUGAUCGAAAUGCUUAUGGUAAAGAUGAUAGUUCAGAAGAAAUGUCAGAAGAUAAGCAUGAAGCUGAUAGUGGUGUUAGUGAAGAAACGAAUCCAGCUGACGAAAUCAAUUUAAGUCUAUCGCCAUUAAAAAUUCGUGAUCUAGUAAACCCUCAAGAACCGGAAAUUGCUUUAAGCGAUUCUGUGUCUGUUAUUUACAAUUCAUUCAGCAGUCAGAAGACAUUCAGUUGUCCAAAAAUCAAAAAUGAUUUUCUGACCGGCACAAAUAUGAGUAACCUAAGUCCUGAAGAUAUCCAAAUCAUUGCCGCUAUGGGCGAUUCUGUUGCUACUGGAAGGGGAUUGUGGUCCCAGACAGAAAUCGAAUUUCGUGGAGCAGCUUUCCCAAUUGGUGGCGAUGCAACAAUUGAUGGCCUUGUUACUAUUGCUAACAUUUUAUAUGAAUUCAAUAACAAGUUAAUUGGAGUAUCGCAUGGUAUGGGCACAAGAUCACAAUUACCAGACCACCAAUUAAACGUUGCUGAAGAUGGUGCUACUUCCUCGAGCAUGCCAUCACAGGCCAGGGAAUUGGUCCGUAGGUUCAAUUUAAUACGUGGUGUAAACUUCACUGAUGUAUGGACAUUGGUUAUCAUAACUGUUGGUACUGAAGAAAUUUGUAAGCUUUGUGCGCCACCUGAUUACAAUGCUCUUUUGAAUUCUCUGUUGAUUUUGGAUCAGGGAAUUGAUAACGUUUUUGUAAUAAUGGUUGGACCGAUUCAUCUUUCAUUUUCUCAUCAUAGAGACACAAAUUUGCUCAAAUCGUUUUGUGAUUGUUUGAGAGAAAAAUCAGACGAAUCAAUAAAAAUAUUAAGCAGGAAAUGGACGUUAGCAUUCAGUGAUUUGCAAGCCUAUUUUGAGAAACCAUAUAUCAGAGUAAUGAUACCAUCUAUAAUUAAAGAUAAGCAGACUAGACAAAAAUUUGGCCUCUUAACAUUACCUAUGUUGACCAUUGCGUCCCGUCAUCCUUUUUCCUUUCUUAUUCCAAACCGUCCGCUUCUAAAUCAGAAAGGACGUACUUAUGCUACGAAAUGGCUAUGGAAUAAACUUAUGAUUGGAUCUACUUACAAUCUUUCAUUAGCUGUACUUUCUCAAGAUUCUUAUUACUGUCCAUCAAUGGCAAGUUUGAAUUCUUUAAUUUAUGACAGACUGAGGUGCCCAUAUUUUCGAACAUCAGCCAAUUAUCAUCAGUGCCCCCUGAUACGACUUAUCGAUGUUAAAAGUGACAAUGUAAAAACUACGUCUGAGAAUAGCAAGCUAAUGCUCUCACCAGGAAGUUAUGUGUACACAACAGCUAUUAUUAUUGUGGUUACUUGUUUCUUCACUGUUUUAUUAAUUGGAUUUGUGCUAUACCAUAAAAGCAAAUAUGUAAGUUUAUUUAGUCAUUAA